AUGGAAGACACUCACAAAAGCGUCUGCUGGGACGCAGACGUGGCGCUAGGGCAAAAGGAACAGAGGCAGCCCCAGCUGCAGCAAGAGCAGCAGAAGCAGCAGAACGAGCGCAGCAGAGGUGCUAGCGAUGUGGUACUCGUCUCAGGGACACGCUUCACGUCGAAGCCGUCGAAUAUUUCCUCGCUCGACGCGACUCUGCCUCUUGUGCUGCCGAGACGCCGAGAUUCGACAGCCGCUCCGAGCCCCGAUGCGAAGAACCCAAAGUCGUACGAGUUGCGGCGAUCCGGACGUAAGAGGCGCCCCCCAGAGAACAGCGACUUCGAGUACGUCGACUUUGACCCGUACCGGCCCCCAUCAGUCAAGAAAGUCAAGCAGCCGUCCCACACGUCUACCCCUCGCUCUUUCAUGGCCCGUCGCUCUCACACUGACUGGGGGCGCUCCUCCCCUCCUGCUCGUCGCAGCAGCACCAGCAGCAGGGAUUUGGUGACGGUGGGGGCGGGCAGGAGAGACGGGAGAGACGGGCACGUGCAAGAAGGAGGGGCAAGGAAGGAUCGGCGCCGGCAAGACGAGGCCCGGUUUUCCCAGAGGCGAACGGGGUUCACUACGAAUUAUGGUAGUCCGAGCGAUGGGGGCAGGGCGAGGAGCAGCAGCGGCGGACAGGCAGAGCAAGGGGAAGGGGGUGCGGCGGUGGGGAGAGGGGAGGGUUUUGGGCGGGAACCUCCGAGAAGGGAGGGGUUACGGCCGAGGAGAAAGAGUGGAGGGACGAUGAGGGAGAGGUAUGAGGCGAUGGGUAUGACGGUUCUGGAUGGCCGGGAGGAGGAGGGGAGGAGGAGGGGGAGAGUGUUGCGGCGUAGGAGACGUGUGCGGCGACAGGAGGACGAUGAGGACGAUGAGGAAGAGGAGGAUGAGGAGGAGGAGGAGGAAGAGGAGGAGGAAGGGGACGAUCAUGGGAGUGAGAGCCACGGUGAGGGGGAUGCACGAGAAAUGGGUGAGGAAGGGGAAGAGGAGGAGGAGGAGGGGGAAGACGAGGAGGAGGAGGAGGAGGAGGAGGAAGAGGAGGAGGAAGAGGAGGAGGACGAUGACCGUGCGUUCUUUUCGGCGAGAGCGUACACUCGUCGGAGACGGCACAGUGUGAAGGUGGUGCAAGGGAGAAGGCAGGAGGAAGAUGCAAUACACCUGGACGAAGAGGAGGAGGAAGGGCACGAGGUGGAAGAGGAGGGGGAGGAAGACGACGACGAGGAGGAGGUGGAAGGGGAAGGGGAAGGGGAGGUCGCGGGUGUACGGGCUACGGAGAGGAGAGGGAGAGAGCAAGCAAGGGAGAGGAGAAGCCAGAGGGUUUAUGGGCGCAGGCGGAACGAGGUGUGGGUGGAGGAGGGCGGAGAUGAGGAUACGGAUGGGGAGAAUGAACGUGAGCACAAGCAGCAGGGCAGGGGAAUCGGGGCUGCGAGAGGGGUGGCGCGCGGAUCGAUGCAAGGAGUACCGGGAAAGGCCCAGGGUCGGUUGGGUGUUCAGGAGGAGGAUGGGCGACAGGAGGGGAGGGCGAAGCGAAACCGGGGGUUGCCAGGGCUGGAGAAGGAGCGGGAAGGCCAAGGAGCAGUGAAGGAUGCUGGGCGGGGGUUGAAGUGGCAGUUGAGAGACGAGAAAGAGCGUGGGCAGAGGGGCAGGAGCAGAGAGCGCGGGGAGAGGGGGAGGAGCGGCGAGCGAGGGGAGAAGGAGGCCAGGGGGGUGGAGGGUCGAUUGGAGAGAGGCGGUGGGGGGCAACAGGAGGGCGGGGAAAGGGAGAAGGAUGGUGGUCGCGGGGUGGGUAAGGGUGGAAGCUUGCGCGAGGCUGAAGCGGGCAGAGGGCAUGGUAAAGCAGAGGCACAGGAGGUAUUGCGAUCGCCGUAUGAGCUGAGGCGAUCUAAUAGGUCGGCUGUGGGGGCGGAUGGGGCAGAGGGGAAGGGCAAAGGGGAAAUUGGAGCAGAAAGGGGAGUGGGGGAGGGGGAAGGGGGAGAGGAAGGGCAUGGGGCGGAAGAUGGGGGGGAAGGGGCGGGGUCAAGGGCGGGAAGUGGGAAGCGUGUGGGUGGAGGGAGACGGGCUGAAGGGAUUGGUGGGAUGCGAAGUGAAGGGGGGCGAGGGGAGGAUAUGCGAGGGAAACGGGCGGAAGUAGUAGAAUUGCCUGAUAGUGGUGAGGAGGAGGGGGAGGAGGAGGAGGAGGAGGAGGUAACUGAGGGUAGGGGGCGUAGGUCAAGCAGGAGACGAGGGCGGAGGGAGGAGAACGAGGGAGAGGCAGGUAAAGUGGUGGAGGGGGAAGAAGUGGGGGAGGGGGAGAACGAGGAGGGGGGCGAAGAGGAUGAGGAGGAAGAGGAGGAUAAUGAGAAUGAGGAGGAGGAGGAAGAGGAGGAGAAAGGGGGCGAGAAAGUGGAGGAUGAGGCGCAGGAAGAUGGUAAAGGAGUAGGAGUGAGUGGUAAAGAAAAGGGCAAGAUCCGGGAGAGUGACAGAACAAGUGGGAAGAAGCGAGUGGAUGGGAAGGAAUUGAAAGAGGGUAACGAAAAGGAGGGCGCGGAGGGUGGUGGUCAUGAGCAUGAGGAGGAGGAGGAGGAGGAAGAGGAGGAGGAAGAUGAGGACGAUGAAGAGGAGCAAGAAGGGGAGGAGGAGGAAGGCGAGGAGGAUAGAUAUCCACGCACUCGAUCCAGAGCGGCGAGAGCAGACGAAGGGGAGGAUGGGCAUGCAGAGGGGGAAGAAGAUGAGGAGGAGGAGGAAGAGGAAGAGGAGGAAGAGGAAGAGGAGGAGGAGGAGGAGGAGGAGGAGGAAGAGGAAGAAGAGGAGGAGAAGGAGGAGGGACGAGGGCGGUAUGCACUGCGAAGCAGGGAACCAGCGCUGCGGCCACAACAGCAGCAGCAGCAGCAGCAGCAAGAGCAGCAGAAGCGCGGUGGGGGUUUGGCAUCGUCUGGAGCCCAGUUUACUCUGCGCACUCGAGGGGCUCUACGCAGGUUCACUGCUGAAUCAAGCCAGCAGCACACAGGGGGCAAUGCAAGAGCAGGCUCAGGAGCAGGAGCAGCAGGCGCAGCAGGAGCAGGUGGUGGUGGUGGUGGCACCAGUGGUGGUAAGUCACAUGAGGGGCAGCGCCAUUCCCUCAGAGUCUCCCUUGCUGCUGCGGCCAGGCAGCAACAACAGCAGCAGCAGCAGCAGCAGCAGCAGCAGCAACAGCAGCGGCAGCAGCAGCAGCCUCACCACCACUCCCACAGCCAGCAUCAGCAGCAGUACGGGCGGGGGGGAUCAGCAGGCGGAGCAGGAGCAGGGGGCGGGUCGUCACGGCGCUCCCUGCGAGCCGGUGAUGCGUCAGACGACUCUCUGGUAGUAGAUGAUACAGAGAUGCGAAGCUUGGGCGCGCACUGGGGCGGAGCAGGCCCUCUCGAGCACUCCAUUCUCUCCCAUGGCGUGGAGGCAAUCGGUCCUGCAGCAUGGGGAGGACCUGAUGGUGCUGCUGCUAGUGGCUGGGCGUGGCAGCAGGGAGGAGGUGCAGCAGGGGGUGAGGGACGGGGGCGCGGUGGUGAGGAAGUGGCGGGGAGUCCGGUUGGUGUCGUGGCAGGUGGGCUUGGCUUUGCUGCCAUGCCAGGAGGGGGAGGAGGAGGAGGAGGAGGAGGUGCGGGCAGAGGUGGGGUAGCAGCAGGUACCCCAAGCGCAGGAGGAGGGGGAGGAGGAGCAGGCGGGGCAGGAGGAGGAGGAGGAGGAGGUGGGGGAGGAGGAGGAGGAGGAGGAGGAGGAGGAGGAGGAGGAGGAGGAGGAGGAGGAGGAGGAGGAGCAGGAGGAGUGGGUGGAGCAGUGGCAGCAGGGCUGGGUGCAGUGAUGGGUAAGUCAUCAACCUCCUGGUCCAAAGUAGGGGCGGACAUACAGCCUCUCUGUGUCGACCCCUCAGUCACGUUCGACCAAGUUGGCGGGCUUUCCAAGUACAUAGGAGCACUCAAAGAAAUGGUCUUCUUCCCGCUGCUCUACCCGGAGUUCUUCGCUCGAUACAGCAUAUCUCCCCCGAAAGGCGUGCUGCUCUGCGGCCCCCCUGGGACUGGGAAAACCCUAGUGGUGCGCGCACUGGCAAGUGCGGCAGCGAGAGCAGGCUCAAACGUGUCGUUUUUCAUGAGGAAAGGCGCGGAUGUGCUGAGUAAGUGGGUGGGCGAGUCGGAGCGGCAGCUGCGGGCGCUGUUUGACGAGGCGGCGCGCCUCGCACCGUCGAUUAUAUUUUUUGAUGAGAUCGACGGCCUCGCGCCCGUCCGAUCGAGCAAGCAGGAGCAGAUCCACAACUCGAUUGUGUCCACGCUGCUGGCGCUAAUGGACGGCCUGGAUUCGCGCGGGCAGGUGAUUGUGAUCGGAGCGACGAACCGGGUCGAUGCAGUCGACGGGGCCUUGCGCAGACCAGGCAGAUUCGACCGGGAGUUCUUCUUUCCGCUCCCAGACGUGCACGCUCGGGAGGAAAUCCUCCGAAUCCACACCAGCAAGUGGGAGAGAAAGCCAGAGGAGGGGUUGGUGAAAGAGCUAGCGGAGAGAAGCGUGGGUUUCUGUGGAGCAGACAUGCGGGCGCUGUGUGCGGAGGCUGCGAUCCGGGCGUUCAGGCGGAUGUACCCGCAGGUGUAUGAGAGCGAGGAGCGGUUUGUGAUCGACCCGUCGACGGUUAGAGUUAACCGCUCGCACUUUCUCGAGGCGCUGCUGGAUGUGAAGCCUGCUGCGCACCGCGCGGCGUCGUUUACCCCUGCGCCGCUGCCCCCUGCUGUGGCUCCACUGCUGAAGCGUCAGUUGGGGGAUGUUGUGGGGGCGCUUGGGGAUGGGUUUCCUGGGUUGCUGGAGGAGCGGGAGGAGUGGGAGGGCGGGGAGGAGGAGGGGGGUGAGGAGGAGGGUGGAGACGGGGAGGGUGAGGACGGGAGUGGGGAGGAUGAGGGGGGAAGAGAGGCGGAAGGUGUGAGGGAGGAGGCAGGGGCGGUGAGUGGUGGAGAGGGAGGAGGGAAUGGUGAUGGUGUAUUGAGGAAGAAGACGAAGGUGGUUGAGGCUAGUGCGGAUGGAAGGGAGAGUGCAGAGAGGAUGGAUUUGGAAGAAGAGGGUGGGGUUGCUGGGGCGGUACAUAGAGAGGAGAGAGACGGGAGGGAGGCGAGCGGGGUUAGAGAGGAUGGUGUGGAAGAGAGUCCAGAGUGGUUACGUGCUGCGUGUGAGAAGCACGCGUCACCCGAAGGAUGUGAAACGCGGGAUGUGGGUAGGAGAGAGCGGAAGGUGGUUGGGAAGGAUGGGGAGGGAGGGGAGGAACUGGAGUUAGGUGAGACGGUGGGAAAUGCAGAAAUGGGAAGGGGGCUGGGUGAAGGGGAGUCGGGAUUGGUUGGAAAUGGCACUGAUAAGGCCUCAGAUGGUGAUGUGCCAGCAGCACCAAUAGCAGCAGGAGCAACAGCAGCAACAGCAGCAACUGCAGCAACACCAGUAGCAGAAGCAGUAGCAGCGUCAGUUGCCUCAGCAGCAGCAGGGAAAGGAGUUUCUCCAUCUAUGAAUCACCAUCCUGCUGCUGUUCCGUUGUCCCCACUGGAUGACCACGUGCCGCUGCAACGUGAACCCACCACCACCGGCGCCACUCUAGCUUUUGCCCAUGCAGCAAGUGUGCGGGCAGCGGCAGCAGCAGUCCGGGCAGCUGCAGCAGGAAGAGCAGCAGCAGAGGCAGCAGUCGCAGUGGAAAACACUCGGGGGCUGGGAGGAGCAGCUGCAGGAGCAGUAGGAGUGGAUUCCACGCCAGCAGCCACUGGGUCUCCUGUUGCUGCUGCUGCAGAUGAAGAUGCAGCAGAGGCGGAGGAAGGGGUUGGCCAAGCUAGGGGCGCUGGUGCGAGGACACAGGCUGAAGGCCGUGAAGCGGAACCGCAACAGCAGGAGAAGGAGAGGGAGAAGGAGAAGGAGAAGGAGAAGGAGAAGGAGAAGCAGGAGAGAAGUGGAGGCGCGGGCAGCAAGGGGGGCCCAGAGCGGGGGCGAGAACUGGGGCGAGGACAAGGACAAGGGCAAGGGCAAGGGCGAGAGAAGGGGCGAGGGAAGAAGGAGGGGGGGCAUGGUGGUGGGCAGAACGGUCGUUUAGUGCGCAACCGCUUGGUGCAAUCCCUGCAGCUGGCUCCCCGGCAGGCCUCUCUCAUGCUCUGUGGCCCUCCAGGCUCAGGCCAGGUGUACCUGGUGCAGGCGCUGCUGCACCGUCUGGAGCACCUGCCUGUGCACUCCAUGUCACUGCCAUCGCUCCUCACCGACCCCUCCUCUCACUCGCCCGAGGAGGCCCUUGUGCGAGUCGUGGCAGAGGCCAGGCGUGGCCCCCGCUGCAUCCUCUUCCUGCCACACGCCGACCUCUGGUGGCGCACGGUACCGCCCCUGCUCUCUGUCUCUUUCUCUAUUCCGUUUCCCGGCUGUCUCUCUCUACUCCCUACCUCUUCCUGCCGCACGCCGACCUCUGGUGGCGCACGGUACCGCCCCUGCUCUCUGUCUCUUUCUCUAUUCCGUUUCCCGGCUGUCUCUCUCUACUCCCUACCUCUUCCUGCCGCACGCCGACCUCUGGUGGCGCACGGUACCGCCCCUGCUCUCUGUCUCUUUCUCUAUUCCGUUUUCCGGCCGUCUCUCUCUACUCCCUACCUCUUCCUGCCGCACGCCGACCUCUGGUGGCGCACGGUACCGCCCCUGCUUUCUGUCUCUUUCUCUAUUCCGUUUCCCGGCUGUCUCUCUCUACUCCCUACCUCUUCCUGCCGCACGCCGACCUCUGGUGGCGCACGGUACCGCCCCUGCUUUCUGUCUCUUUCUCUAUUCCGUUUCCCGGCUGUCUCUCUCUACUCCCUACCUCUUCCUGCCGCACGCCGACCUCUGGUGGCGCACGGUACCGCCCCUGCUCUGCUGGGUUCUUGUUUCUUUCGUUCCCACUCUGCCUCUCUGUACUCCCCCGCACCUCACCUUCCCCCGCUGCAUCCUCUUCCUGCCACACGCCGACCUCUGGUGGUGGCACACGAUACCACCCCUGCUGCCCGCACUGCUCUAUCAUUUGCACAGCCGGUGCAGCGGGCAGUGCUGCGCAUGCUUCUCUCUGACCUUCCUCCCUCUCUGCCUGUGCUGCUGCUCGCCUUCGCCAACUGCUCCCUGCACCAACUACCCUCCACCCUGCGCCGUCUCUUCUCCCUCCACAUGUGA